UUAUCCAUGAAGUAAGGAAGUGAAGGAGGAGCUGCUGUCUCUACAAAACCUCUCAUAACAAACACACAUGUCUACAUGCUGCGCCUCCUCAUCUGAGCCAAGUACACACUGCAGGAACACUCUAUAGUCACUUCACAGCUCUCUUGGAGGACACAUUGAUAAAGGUAUAUCUCUUAUGAGGAUGCGCCUUAUGCAGAACAAACUGACAUCACCACAACCGGCUGCAACACACACGUUACAAAACAACUUGGCUCAAGAAUCAUGCCCAGCUGAAUAAGCACAAGAAUCCAGGGUCAGAUCUCAAGCCGUACACCACCCCAGAGCUGCUGCUGCUGCUGCCAGGACAUGGAGGCUCUGUUUGACCAUGUGGGACAUUUUGGAAGAUUCCAAGCAUUUGUGUACUUUACAUCUGCCUUUCAAGCUAUUUCUUGCGGCAUCCACUAUUUGGCAUCUGUGUUCAUUGCUGUUACUCCAAAGUAUAUAUGCAGACCUCCGGGAAAUGUAAGCCUGGUAUUGCUCCAUAAUAAAACUUUCUCUCAAAUUAAUGAAGUUUGGCACCUAUUGACAUCAGCAGAAGAUCCCCUUGUUGUACAGGAGAAAAACGGGGACAUUUGGGAGCUACAUCGUUGCAAUCGGUUUAAACGUGAAGAAUCUUUACCUCCAACAUAUUUAUAUGAUGGGAAUAAGACAUUAUUUUCUUGCUCUGAUGGAUAUCAAUAUGAUCAUACUCAUUUGGAAAGCAGCAUAGUAACAGAUUGGGAUCUGGUGUGUGACCAAGAAUGGCUUGCUAAAAUGACUCAACCAACAUUCAUGCUUGGAGUACUCAUUGGUGCAGUAGCUUUUGGUGAUAUCGCAGACAGAGUGGGAAGACGACCAAUAAUGUGGAUCACAAGUUCUUGCCAGUUUAUAUUCGGUGUUGCUGUGGCAUUUACCUUCAACUACUACAGCUUUGUCAUUGUUCGUUUUCUCCUAGCUAUGGCAUCCAGUGGAUAUCUAGUUGUGGCAUUUGUUUAUGUAACAGAAUAUAUAGGAAGUAAGGCUCGCACAUGGGCCUCAAUGCAUAUUCAUGCUUUUUUUGCUGUUGGAGUUAUGGUUGUGGCUUUUGUUGGAUACAUGAUGCGUACCUGGUGGAUAUAUCAAAUAAUUCUGUCGCUCAUCACCCUACCAUUUAUCCUUUGCUGCUGGAUGCUUCCUGAGACUCCAUUCUGGCUGCAUUCCCAGGGAAGAUACAAAGAAGUAGAACGUGUAAUCGCAACAAUGGAAAAGUGGAACAAAGUGAGCACUCCAUGCAAGCUGUCAGAACUAUGCCCUGUGGAGGAGGGCAUUGAUCCUGAAAGAAGGGAUGCCCAACCUGCCAAAAACCACAGUGUUUUAGACCUAUUUCACAAUUGCACUCUCGCAAGAAGAACCAUCUCAGUGUGGCUCAUCUGGUUUACUGGAAGCUUUGGAUACUAUGUAUUUGCAUUAAACUCUGUCAACUUGGGAGGAAAUGAAUAUUUAAACCUUUUUCUUUCAGGCGCUGUGGAGAUUCCAUCAUAUAUCGUCUGCUGUCUUGGUAUGGACAAACUCGGCAGAAGAAAUACACUGGCUCCAUUCCUUUUACUCAGUACUGUCAUUUGUAUUGUGAUAAUGGUCAUUCCAAAGGACUACAGUACAAUAACCAUUGUUAUGAGCAUGGCGGGGAAGUUUUCAAUAGGUAUUGCAUUUGGAUUAAUUUACCUAUACACAGCUGAACUAUAUCCAACCAUCAUACGAUCCUUGGCUGUUGGUAGUGGGAGUAUGAUGUGUCGGAUUGGUAGUGUGGUUGCUCCAUUCUGUGUUUACCUGACAGAAGUAUGGAUAUUCAUGCCACAGCUACUUGUUGGGAUCAUGGCCUUAGUUUCUGGUCUUUUAACUCUUAUGCUCCCUGAAACCCUUGGAAAGCCAUUAAUGAGCACUAUGGAAGAUGCUACAAAUAAAGAGAAAAAGGAAGAAUCUACAGGAAAAUCAUUAUUCGAGGCCAAUGGUGUUAUGAUGGAAAAAGUAGAGUCCUCUAAUGCAGAUAUCUGUAAUGACUCUCCAAUGCACAGAUUCUAAAGCUUCUCGUCCUUCCAAAUAUAAUCUGACAAACAAUAAUCCUUCAUAUCACUGAUGUUUGUUGUCAAUGAAUGAGUGCAGCUAUGGUGUAAAAAGUUUGCAGGACCAGACUGGAACUUUUUUCAUUUGAUAGACAAAAUCAUAUCAAGUCAUAAGCAUCAAUUUCUGUGAAAUAACUUAGGAGAGCUCAAUGAAAAGCCAACACAUUGUUUGAAUGCCUCAGUAACAUAAAAGUGACAUAAGAGUAACAGUUGAUCUAAAUGUUCAUACAGUUACAGUGCAUUCUAAAAUUCUUUAGAUCCUUUCACUUUUUUUCACAGUUUAUGUUGUGGACAUGCUAAAAUAAAAUAAAAAGUCCCCACAUCAUUCCGGAGGAUAAAGUGCUCAUAGGGAUGUUCAGUACAGCAGAAAAAUUGUAUACCCUUCUCUAAAUCGGUGCUUCCAUACAAUCCCGUCUGAGCUCUAUGGGCAGGUCUUUCCACCUAAUGGCUUGGUUUUUGCUCUGAUAUGCAUUGUCAGCUGUGAGGCCUGAUAUAUAGACAUGGAUGUGUCUUUGCAAAUACUGUCCAAUCACCUGAAUUUAACACAAGUGACUCCAAUCAAGGUGUGGAAACAUCUCAAAGAUAGUCAAGAGAAAUAAGAGGCCUCCAGAGCUAAAUGUAAGCUUUAGUUUAUAAUGUUUAAUACAUUUGCAAAAAAGUUCUAAAAUUCUAUUUUCCCAUUCUACUUAAAAUGUAUUGAGUGCAGAAUGAUAGGAAAAUCUUGAUUUUGUUAUUUCUGCACAAGGCAUAGCAAAUUGUGAAAAAAGUGAAUGGGUCCGAAGACUUUCCGAAUGCAUUGUACCUUAAAGAGUACCUGUCACCAAACCAAACUUUUAAUAUAUUGUUCCUUAUGUAAUUAUAAGACACUUUGCUAUUUACUUGCUGUUAAAAUUCUCAACCUUUUAUAUGUUUUUAAUGUGAUUGAAAAAAUGGUCACUAGGUGGCUCUGUUCUGUUCCCUGCCGCAAGUCAAACACUUAGUUUGGUCUCCUCCCAGCCUGGCAGGAGACCAAACUCAGGAAGUGCAUGCAGGGCAUGGCGAGGCACAGCUCUCGCAGGCUUCAGUGAUGUCACCCCUGCUGGGGAACGCCCAUUUUCUCCUGCCUGGAGCUCACACUGGGGAACACCCACUUUCUCCUGAUGGGAGCUCACACAUUGUGAGCAAGGGGAGCUUUUUAAAGCUCAGAAAAAAUUUUAAGGGCAGGAGAGGUAUUAGGAGUAGUUUGGGAAUAUAAUUAAAGUUAGCUGCAUUUGAUUAUUAAUGGGAUCAUUCUAUUUUUGUUGCACUAAUGUACCAAUAAGAUAUGUACCAGAAUGACAUCCAAGCUGCUACUAUAAAGACAAGCGUUAUUAGUGUUGUGAUUUAACAUUUAUUUUUAAUUAAAUUUGUUUUGUUUUGAUGACAUGGCGGCUAGCAGCAAAAAUUAUUUGAAUUGAGAUACAGUAAAAAAAUACUUUUUAACCAGCACAGCAAAUUAUACUUUCAGGUCAUCAUAUUAAAUAUAUAGCUUUGGCAAUGGGUAGUGUUUGCUUUAGCACCUGCAUGGAGGUGUGAAUGUCUAAUGAAAAAGUAAGAACAUACUUCCACAAAUUCACCGCUUAAAAUUUGGUCACUAUUGUUUUAUAAAAUGUUGCAUAAAUGAAUACUACAAGUGAAUAAUAAACUUUAAUGUAUCUUCAGAGAAAGAAGCCCCUUUCUCCCCUUUAUCAAGCUUCCCCUUCCUACCUCCUAGGUAGGGAUCAGAUUAAGGCUAAGUUUCCAAUUGUUUUUUUCUAUUUGGCGUUUUGAAAAAACGCUGCGGCCAGAUGUUAGCUGGAAAUCAAUGAAAAAACGCAAAAUUAUUUUUCCCCUUUGCCUUUUUCAGUUUGGCGUUUUUACUACAGUUUUACGUUUACAGUAGUGUGGAAAAAAUUGUAUUUAACGAAAGCAGAGUGUGCUCCAUGAUGGGAGUAGUAGUACCUGCAGUUAAGGACAGAUCACAGUGGGUAUCAAUCCUGACACCCAAUG